GUUUGUGUCUAUUUGUUUCAUUCGUCAUUGAUGGAAGGACCAUUUAGUCUCGACGAUAACGAUAGGGUGGAUACAUUCAUUCAUUUGGCGAAAACCCCUAUUACAAAUAUUACAAAACGUAGAAAUAGUUUGAAAGAAGAACUUCCUGAAAGGCAUGUGAACGAGAUUUGAAGUGCGAUUUGUCAAUAAACAGCAAACAAUGACGAUAUCCGAUGCCUGACGCUGAGUAAACAAUCAAACAUAGAUGCGCUUUCUACCUUGUGCAAGACUAAAAGUUGCCAAGAUGAAGUCCAUGCUCAUAAUCCCAUCUGUGUUGAUUCUCUUGAUUCAACACUCAACCGCUGCCAUUGUUCAAAACUGCACUUCAAACGUCUGUGACCUCCAAACAUGCAGAAAUACGUCAUCUACAUGCACUCAGUAUUGCUAUUCAAGGAACUGUAAGAUGUCAUGCAGCUCGAGCGCUGGUUGUGAAUCAAACUGUGUGAAUGGUGGUUGCUCAAAGUUAAGUUGCCAGCAACCUACCCUUGAUUCCAGAACAUCGCAAUGCAUGCAAAAAUGCAAAGAAGACUGCCCUGAUAUGAGCUGCUUGGCUAAUGCGUGCCAUCUCAGGUGUCAGAAAAAGAACUGUAAGAUGACCUGUGAGGGAAAAGGUAUACAAAGUCAAUGCUACCCCAGAUGCUUUGGAGGUGGUUGUGAAAUCAAUGUGAAAUCAUUCUAUGCCGAAAUAAAUUGCGACGAAGGCUUCUGCAAAGUCAAAUGUGGCAAAGCUACUUCAAAUGCUGGUGUCAUUUGUGGAAAAGGGAGCUGCUCUCUGACAUGUACAAAAGGGAACACAUGUAGUUUUCAAGGUCGCUGUCCCAAUUGCACUGGCCCAAUCUAUGUUGAUGAUCCGUUCCAAAGUAGAUCAGCUCCAGGGAACAGAGCUUUAAGUUUUCUCAGCCUCAUUUCCUUUUGUGCUCUAAGGUCUCUUAUUUUGUAAUUCAGUUUCCAAUGUGUAACUUCGUAUACCCACUACAAAAAUUAUUUCCCUUGUUUUUCAUUUAGUUUCAUUUAUCAACAAAUAAAAGAGGAGAAAAACAGGAUCUUUGAGUGAAAGUAGCUCAGUGGAAGUCUUUGCCAGGCCAAGUUCAAGACACGAAAUUGAUCUAAUGCAUUUCUAGCUUGAUGAUUCCAGAAAGACGUUAGGGUUACAUGGACUUCAUACUCCCCCUUUUUCCACAACUAGGGACAAUUCAGGAAGAUUUUGUUUGCCUUUCUAUUAAAUCCACUUUUUAUUUUGGGUGUAUGUAUGUAAAUGAUUGAGACCCUCCAUUGAGA